AUGGCGGGGCCGGCAGCAAGAGGGGCGUCAUCAGCAGGGGCGGCGGGGUCAGCAGGGGCGCGGCAGCAGGGGCGUCGUCAGCAGGGGCAGGCGGCAGCGGGCAGCAGGGGCGAUGUCAGCAGGGGCGUCGUCAGCAGGGGCGUCGUCAGCAGGGGCGUCGCACAGUGGAGUGCUCUAGAAGUAGCAUGUAGUGGCCAUGUUUCUAGCAGCAUGAUAAAAGCAGAAAUCAAAUGUAUUGCUAUGCAAGCAUUGAUAGACUCUGGUAGAAUAAUUGAUGAAGAUGAGUUGUUGAAUGCAGCACAGGCUGAUCUUAUAAAUAAGCAAGAAGAAAAAAAAGAGAAAAGUGAUACAAAGUUAGAGCUUGUAUGGGUAGCUGGAGAAGAAAGUUUGAUUAAGUUGAAAAUGCAAGCAGAAAAAGAAAGAGAGGAAAGAGAAGAAAGUUUGCUUAAGCUGCAGAUGCAGGCUGAAAGAGAAAGAGUAUACAGGGAAAAGAAAAAGAGAGAAUCAAAAGAGAAGAAGAAAAAGCAACAGAAGAUGAAAGACAAAGGAUAA